AUGGGCAGCCGGGGGACGCUGGAACGGCCUUUUGGGCCGCGCGUUACCAUAGGGACGAGCAGCCGGGAGUCAGCGGAACGUCCUUGGCCGCGCGUUGCCAUAGAGACGGGCAGCGGGGCGACAGCGGAACGUCCUUUGGGGCCGCGUGCUCCCACAGAUCCUUUACGGCCGCGCAUUACCUUAGGAACGAGCCGUCGGGCGAUAGCGGGACGUCCUUUACGACCGCGCGUUGCCACAGAGACGGGCGGGGGGGAAGGCCGGAAACGGAGGGGCGGGGGCGGCGGCGAUGGCGGCGGCCGGUCCGGGGCGAAGAGGAGGAAGAAGGCGGAAAGCUUGUCUGCGGCCCCCGCUGAGCGGCGCGGCCCCGCCGUUGGGGGCGCGGCCGGAGAAGAGGAGCGCCGCAUCCCGGGGCCCGUCUCCAUGGGCAAAUGGAAGAACAAGGAGCGGGUCCUGGUCUUCUCUUCCAGGGGAAUAAAUUUCAGAACAAGGCAUCUAAUGCAAGACUUACGAACACUGAUGCCUCAUUCUAAAGCAGAUACGAAAAUGGAUCGCAAAGACAAGCUGUUUGUAAUUAAUGAGGUGUGUGAAAUUAAGAACUGCAAUAAGUGUAUCUAUUUUGAAGCCAAGAAGAAGCAAGAUCUCUAUAUGUGGCUUUCGAAUUCACCUCAAGGGCCAUCAGCCAAGUUCUUGGUUCAAAAUAUUCAUACCCUGGCAGAGCUAAAGAUGACUGGCAACUGUUUGAAAGGCUCCCGGCCCCUCCUGUCUUUUGAUCCUAUGUUUGACAAGGAGCCCCAGUACGCAUUGUUAAAAGAACUCUUCAUUCAGAUAUUUUGUACACCGCAAUAUCACCCCAAAAGUCAACCGUUUGUAGACCACGUGUUCACCUUCACUGUCAUGGAUAACAGGAUCUGGUUUCGGAACUAUCAGAUUAUAGAAGAAGAUGCAGCUCUGGUAGAAAUCGGGCCUCGCUUUGUCUUAAAUCUCAUAAAGAUUUUCCAGGGCAGCUUCGGAGGACCAACUCUCUAUGAAAAUCCCAAAUACCAAUCUCCAAACAUGCAUCGGCGUAUAGUAAGACUGGCCACAGCUGCAAAAUUCAGAGAGAAACAGCAAGUGAAAGAUGUACAGAAACUGAAGAGGAGAGAAGAUAAGGUUCUUCUUCCAAAGGAUCCCACUGAAGCUGUCUUCGACACUCCAGUAGAGAAGAAGCCAGUGGAAAUACAGUUGGUGAAACCAGAACCAAAAGUCGGUCUGAAAAAGAAAAAGAAAAAACUACACACGAGGCAAAGGAAAAUGCUGAAACGGAAGGCUUGAGUGGUGGGAGUGUGGAACGAAGCUAUGAAAAACAAGGGUGGAGAGAGUUUUUCUGUUGCAUAUUUAUUCGGCAUAAAAUGUGUAAAUACCGGUGUUACAGAGGACUCUUGAUAUUUAGUUAUUGUCAAAAAAAGAAAAAAUCCAGUACCAGUGACCUCUCCUGAGAGAUUCAGGUCUGCCUUUCACCAUUUUCUAAAUAAACAGAUUUUGGGAAAUCCUUCCUUAAAGUA